AGUUUAUCAUAGAUAGAUGAUAUAGAUAGGUUCUUGGCAAGGAAAGACUACUAUAAGAGAAUUGGAAAGGCUUGGAAAAGAGGAUACUUACUUUAUGGUCCUCCUGGCACUGGAAAAUCAAGCUUAAUUGCAGCUAUGGCUAAUUACCUCAAGUUUGAUGUGUUUGAUUUGGAGCUGGCCAAUAUUACUUCUGAUGCUGAUUUGAGAAACGCUAUGCUGGAUAUUGAUAGAAAGUCCAUAACUGUGAUUGAGGACAUAGAUUGCAAUUCUACUGCGCAUAAUCGAUCAAGAUCAGAAUCUGAUGAUUCUGAUGAUGUCCAGCAAUUUUCGCUCUCUGGUCUGCUAAAUUGUAUUGAUGGAUUGUGGUCAAGCUGUGGAGAAGAGAGGAUAAUAGUGUUUACGACAAAUCACAAGGAAGUUUUGGACCCAGCAUUGCUUCGUCCUGGCAGAAUGGAUAUGCACAUUCACAUGUCAUAUUGUACCAGUGAAGGAUUUAGAGUUUUGGUGCACAAUUACCUUGGAAUUAAAGAGCAUAAACUGCUAGAAGAAAUUGAUGGGUUGAUACAAAGUGCGGAGGCCACUCCUGGUUCUUUGGCUGAGGAAUUAUUGAAGAGUGAUGAUCCUGAUGUUGCUCUUGGAGAAGUACUCAAUUUUCUUAAGCAACAGAAAAUUAAAAAGGAUAAUGAAGAUAAAAUUGUAGAAGAAAAGGUAAGCUCUGUUUAGUGAAUCUAAUUUCGUCUUUCCCUUUUUUUUAGCGUAGUUAUUGAGUUUUUAUUAGAAAAGAAAUGUCCAGCCUUUCUCCAGUGACUAAUUGGAUUCUCUACAGUUGGAGGUUUAUUAUUAAGUAUUUUGAUGAGAACUUACAAAUUAUCUUGUAAUUUUCACUUUUACUAGAUUUUUUAUUAUCUUAUAAUAUCUCGUAAAAGUAGAAAUUA